AUGGCUUCGCUCGUCGGCGCAAACUACGACUCAUCAGGCGAUGAAUCCGACAAACCCACGACUACAACCUUCACAUCCGCGACAAAACUAGUCGCCGCACCGGAAGUCAAUGUAGAGGAUCCUACAAACUUACAACUAAUCGCCGGUACCGGAACAUCAACUGCUUUAACAUAUAAUGCAAGAUACGACGACCUCUCGCGCCCGGCCCAAGGUCCCGUAAACCCAUUCAAACCCAACGGCGUUGGGAACGGCCUCAAACGCAAAAACGUGCCAACGGGAUACGCAGAAGAGGCAGCUAUCAGCGAAGCGACUUUCACAGCGCAACAUCAUACCUUCCAGAGUCUGGGAUAUUCGCGUGACCCCACGAGGCCAGAUGUCUUUGUGGGAGACUUGGCGCGAGCAGCGCAGUACGGUGGACGUGAUUUUGUGCAAAUGAAACCGUCGAAGGAAGUCUCGGCAGCGUUGCGGAGUAAAAGGCAGAAGAAGGGGGAUCCCAGUAUUGUUGAUGGGGAGGGGGCCUACAAGGGUCCCUGGGCGAGGUAUGAGAAUGAUGAUCAGGUUUAUGAGGAGGAGGCGGCUGAGGCUGGGUAUGAGCUUGCGAGUGAUGAGGAGUUUGUAGAAGAGGAAGAGGAGGUGCCUGGGAAGUUACCGGCGCUGGCGACUGAUUAUCAGGAUGAUGCGUCACAGACGGAGACGACGGAGUUUCAUGGAAGUGAACAGUUUGAUUACCUUGGACGGACUUAUAUGCACGUUCCGCAAGAUCUGGAUAUCGAUCUUAGAAAAGAACCAGGCAGCGUCAAGAAUUUCAUUCCCCGGAAAUUGGCGCAUACCUGGAAAUCGCACACCAAACCUAUCACCUCACUUCGAUUCUUCCCUGGAUCCGGUCACUUGCUGCUCUCCUCUGCAGCAGACGGCAAAGCCAAGAUUUGGGAUGUAUACCACCAACGCGAACUUUUGCGCACCUUCUCGGGACACUCUAAAUCGAUCAGCGAUACUACUUUCCACCCUACGGGCAAAACAUUCCUUACAGCCUCGUACGAUCGACAGAUCAAAUUGUGGGAUACAGAGUAUGGUAAAUGCAUUUCUCGAUUUAGCACAGGUAAAACACCGCAUGUUGUCCGCAUCAACCCUGAUCCGGAACACAACCACGAGUUUUUGGCCGGUAUGUCGGACAAGAAGAUCGUCCAAUUCGAUACUCGUACGGGCGAAAUGGUGCAGGAAUACGACCAUCAUUUAGCUGCCGUCAACACCAUCACCUUCGUCGACAACAACCGCCGCUUCAUCACAACAUCAGACGACAAAUCCCUCCGAGCAUGGGAAUACGGCAUCCCCGUACCCAUCAAAUAUAUCGCCGAAGCAGACAUGUUCGCCAUGGUACGCGCUUGCCCGCAUCCAUCGGGCAAAUACGUCGCUUUUCAGUCUGGCGACAAUCAAAUCGUCGUCUACGCCGCAACCGACAAGUUUCGCCAGAACCGUAAAAAGGGGUUCCGUGGCCACAACAAUGCUGGGUACGCGAUUGAUAUCACUUUUUCGCCCGACGGGCAGUUUGUGGCUAGUGGUGAUUCAGGUGGUUAUGCGUGCUUUUGGGAUUGGAAGACGGGGAAGAUGUAUCAUAAGAUCCAGGCUGGUGGGAAGGAUGGUUCGGCGGUUACGUGUCUUGACUGGCAUCCUCAGGAGACCAGUAAAGUUGUUACUGGUGGGUUGGAUGGAAUUAUUAGGUAUUGGGAUUGA